UGUUUGCGAAGCACUACCAGACAGUACUGAAGCCCUUUGGGUGGGGCAUCUCGCGGUGAAGCCCAGUUUGAGCAAGAUUGAACAACUGGUAGAAUCCCAAAGUCCCAAAGGAUAUUACACAUUCUUCGAACCAAGUUAACCACACUUACUUCCUCUUUGCAGGAAGAUGGUCUGCACGCGGCCACAUGCUACAUGUCUCCCCGAGGUUGGUCAACCUUUGGGUCCACACCACCGUGCCCGCGGCGCGCGGCACGCCGCGCCGUGCACGCCAUGCACCGGGGAAUGGGACCCACUGCGUCGCGCGACCCGCUGGUCAAGAUUGAACUAUUGGCAAACUACAGACCUUUCUUCCGACCCCCCAAAACCGCUUUGAAUUUCCCGGAGUUGAGGAUCACCUGCCCUGCAAGUCUGAAGCACUCAAAUCUUGAGUAUCCGUCCCACUUCCAAAGUAGCUGCUCGCUCUGCUGGCCCGUAAGGUUGGCAACCUAACUGGUGUGAAUUGGCGUUGCUUGCCCCUCCAGGUUCUUUGUUUAUUUUUUCCAUUGUCAAGGGACUAGGAGAUCCAGAUGUGUAGAGCUUGAACACACGCACACACACACACAGACACACAUCGUUCUGAACAGCCGGCCAAAAAACUCGUUCUUUUGAUGAUAUCCUUGCAGCUUUUUCCCGAUUUUGCUGGUCCGGUGCGACAAAUCAAGCUCCGUGAUCAUGGAUUUGAGAGGCACUCGACGGAGGAUGUCCAAGCGGGGCCUUGCUGCGCCGUUGGCAGCCUUGGUCGUCAGCACGUUGGUGGCGUUGCGUCCAGGCAUGGUUUAUGGAGCUGUGGGUGAUCAUUUCACUUACUCUGGCGCUAAUGGCGACAAGUUUGAGGUUGAUAUCAUUGAUGGAAGAGAGCAUUUCAUCCACAACUUCGCCAAUGGCAAUAAGCUUGAGGGUGAUGUCCAGAGUGGAACUGGGCAUGCCAAGUUGACCUUUGCCAAUGGUGAUGAGAUUGAAAGUGAUGUGAAGGACAACAAGCCAAAUGGGCACGAAAUCAUAACCUUUGCCAAUGGAGAUAAGUGUGAGCGCAAUGUCAAGGAUGGCAAGCACAAUGGGCAUGAGUCCUGGACCUUUGCCAACGGCGAUAGCUGUGAGUGCAAUGUCAAGGAUGGCAAACUUAAUGGGCAUUUCAUCUAUGCCUACGCCAAUGGUGACAAGGAGGAGGGUGAUUACAAAGAUGGCAGACGUGAUGGGAAUGUCAUCCGCACCCACGCCACCGGCAACAAGUUGUUGCGAAUUUGAUUUUUGCGCGUCGGCCAACGGCCCAACUUCAACGAUUGCGGAUUAAAA